UAAAUAAGAGGAGAAGGAUGAGAAGAAGUAGUGCAAUUAAGGAGCUAGUGAUGAUGAGGAUCUUAUUAGGGUUAGGGUUUCUCUUCAAUAUCUCUUUGUUCUUUGUGGGGUUUAUCACCACCUUUGCUUUGUACUUGUAUUAUAUAUCAUGGAUGAAGCCUGAAAGGACUAGGAAUGAGCUUAGAAAGCAAGGGAUUAAGGGUCCAAAUCCUCUGUUUUUCUAUGGAAAUCUUUUGGAGAUGAAGAGGAUUUUGUUGGAGGAGAAGGCAAGGAGAGGGAGAGAGAAAGGAGGAGCAUGUCACAUUCACCAUGACUACACUUCAAGUGUUUUCCCUUAUUUCACUCAAUGGAGGAAAACUUAUGGUCAUGUAUUUCUAUACACAAUGGGGAACGUACCAGCACUACAUGUAAGCCACCCAGACGUAGUGAAAGACAUAAAUUUAUGUUUAUCUCUUGAUCUCGGCAAAGCGACGUAUUUAAAAAAAGCUCAUGAACCAUUAUUUGGACAUGGUAUCCUCAAAUCCAAUGGCGUACUUUGGGCUCAUCAAAGAAAAAUUAUCGCUCCUGAGUUCUUCUUAGAUAAAGUUAAAGGUAUGAUAGAGUUGAUGAUCGAUUCGGCAAUUUCAUUGGUGAAGUUAUGGUAUGAGAAAGUUGAAGAUGGAGGAGGAAUUGUGGAGGUGAAGGUUGAUGAUGAUUUGAGGAGUUACUCAGCGGAUGUGAUCUCUAGAGCUUGUUUUGGGAGUAGUUAUUCAAAGGGAAAAGAGAUAUUCUCUAAGCUUAGAGCCCUACAACAAGCUGUCUCCAAACCUAAUCUUCUUCUUGAAAUCACUGGCUUGAGGCAGCUACCAACAAAGAGGAACAGGGAGGUAUGGAAAUUAAGCAAAGAAAUCCACUCCCUCAUCUUAAAAGUAGUAAAAGAGAACAAUAAAGAACACCAACAAGAACAAGAUGAAGAGGAUAAGAAGAAAUGCAAGAACCUAUUGGAAGCCAUUCUAAAGAGUGUCAAUGGCGGCCAUCAACAUCAUCAACACAAUCACAAUGACAAUAAAAAUAAUGAUAAUAAUAAUAAUGAUAAUGAUGAUAUGGAUAAGUUCAUAGUGGAUAACUGCAAAACUAUAUACUUUGCUGGUCAUGAGACAACCGCAGUGACUGCGACGUGGUGCUUGAUGUUGCUGGCUUUGCAUCCGGAUUGGCAGGACCGUGCGCGCGCUGAGCUCGUCAGUGUCUGUGGACCCGGAUCUGUGCCUGAUGCUCAAGCCUUGCAAAAGAUGAAACUUCUGACAAUGAUCAUACAAGAAACACUACGUCUGUACCCUCCGGGAGCCUAUGUAACAAGAGAAACACUACAAGACAUGAAGUUAGGCGGCAUUCACAUACCCAAGGGUGUAAACAUCUAUGUCCCUGUGCCAACACUGCACCAUGACCCUACAGCAUGGGGCCCUGAUGUGCACCGGUUUAACCCUGAUAGGUUCACUAAUGGGGUGCGCGGCGCUUGCAAGCUACCGCACAUGUACGUGCCAUUUGGCGCAGGGACUCGGACUUGUCUCGGCCAAACCUUUGCCAUGACCGAGCUCAAGAUUGUUCUUGCUCUCAUUCUUAACAACUUUAGCUUCUCUUUGUCUCCUAAGUAUAAGCAUUCCCCUGUUUUGAGGCUCAUUGUUGAGCCUGAGUUUGGAGUUGAUUUGAUUGUUAAGAAGGUGUGAAUCUUAUGAUUAUUAUUAUGUGUGUCUUUAGUUUCAAUA